AUGGGGACAGCGGGACGCUUGCCCUCACUCCGCUGGCCUCCCUCCUUCCUCCCCAGGUUUUUCCUCAAGUUUUUCCUCAAGUGCAACCAAAACUGCCUGAAGAACGCAGGGAACCCACGGGACAUGCGGCGCUUCCAGGUGGUCGUGUCGACGACUGUGAACGUGGACGGCCACGUGCUGGCCGUGUCCGACAACAUGUUCGUGCACAACAACUCCAAGCACGGGCGGCGGGCGCGGCGCCUCGACCCCUCCGAAGCAGCCACCCCCUGCAUCAAAGCCAUCAGCCCCAGCGAGGGCUGGACCACCGGCGGCGCCACCGUCAUCGUCAUCGGGGACAACUUCUUCGACGGGCUGCAGGUCGUCUUCGGCACCAUGCUGGUGUGGAGCGAGCUCAUCACGCCUCACGCCAUCCGGGUGCAGACCCCCCCGCGGCACAUCCCCGGCGUGGUGGAGGUGACGCUGUCCUACAAGUCCAAGCAGUUCUGCAAGGGCGCCCCAGGGCGCUUCGUCUACACCGCGCUGAACGAGCCCACCAUCGACUACGGGUUCCAGCGCCUGCAGAAGGUCAUUCCCCGGCACCCCGGAGACCCCGAGCGCUUGCCCAAGGAGGUGCUGCUGAAGCGGGCGGCCGACCUGGUGGAGGCUCUGUACGGGAUGCCGCACAGCAACCAGGACAUCAUCCUGAAGCGCGCGGCGGACAUCGCCGAGGCGCUGUACAGCGUCCCCCGCGCCCCCGCGCAGCUCUCCUCGCUCGGCAGCCACGGCCCCGGCGCCGUGAUGGGGGUGAACUCCUUCGGCAGCCAGCUGGCCGUCAACAUCGGCGACUCGGCGCAGGGCCCCGAGCAAGGCUACUCCCGGAACACGAGCAGCGCCUCGCCGCGGGGCUACGUGCCCAGCUCCACGCCGCAGCAGGGCGCCUACGGCGGCGCCUCCGGCAUCAACGGCUACGGGGGCAGCGGCAUGGCCGGCCUGGGGGUGCCCGGCUCCCCCAGCUUCCUCAACGGCUCCACCGCCAACUCCCCCUACGCCAUCAUGCCCGCCAGCCCCCCCCUCGGCGCCUCCUCCAUCACCCUGCCGUCCGGCACCGCCACCUCCGCCCCCGCCGGGGGCUUCUCCUUCUCCCCCGUCAACAUGAUCUCGGCGGUGAAGCAGAAAAGCGCCUUCGCCCCCGUGGUGAGGCCGCAGACCUCGCCGCCGCCCGCCUGCUCCAGCACCAGCGGCAGCAGCCUGCAAGACCCGGCUUUUGAGGACUCGGACAAGUUCCACACCCCUGCGCGGUCACUCCAGGGACUGGCCUAUUCCUAAGCACACCAUGCCCAGGCUCCUCGUGCUGCCCGCAGGAGCCGGGACAGCCCCGAGCAGCAGACGGGGACGGGACCGAGCG